UUACAAACUUCAUUUAUUAUUUAUUACGGGAAAGACAGAUGUUAUUCUUAACUGGAUCAUUAUUUGGGGGAUUUUUGCUGCUGGCAGAAAAAUAGGAUACAAGCCAGAAGUGGAAAUUAGUCUCUAAGUGUGAAAGAAGCCGCUACCUGCCGAUAGAUUGAGAACGUAGAAAGGAAUUGCUGGGAAUUGAAAGCGACGAAGUUCACAGUAAUCCCUUUUGAUUAAUUGCAAAGUGACUUUCAUUAGAGCCAUUUGAAAAGUCAACCGAGACAAUGUCUUCUCGUCGUUACGGGGAGCUCAGUGGACAUGAUUCAGGGUCACUAAGUGAGCGACAAGACUCGAUGUUUGAUCGCUACUUGGAAGAGAUGAAGCCUUAUGUACUUCGUCUACCUCAGAAAUCAGAGAGGCAAAGAGUUGCACUGUGGAUUAAAAAGCUUUGUGAGCCUCCUGGACCAGGCACCAGUGGAAGGAAAAAUCGUAACCUGUACGCCCAGCUGUUGCUUCACAUGGUUAAACGUGGCCUGUUAGAGGAGCCAUUUACCAGACGACCCGAGGCAGGACCUCUUCAGCCAUUGCCAUCUUACAUGUCAAUAUACCUUGAUGAACCUGUAACCAAGAGAAGUGCUAGUGUAGAACUUGAAGAGGAAUUUGGUCAUCAACCACCAGAUUGGCUCAAAGAAAUCGCCAGUUCAUCAGGAAGUGUCUAUUCUGAUAUAUCUGGAAGCAUCCCUCCUCAUCCAAGAAGGGAACUUCCAACUACAAGUGGUAUUAAUCCAGUUCCACAGCCACGAUCCACAACUUACAGCACCUCCAGUAGGGAAGAAAAAAAUGGGUAUGAAGUGGCUCCAGGAUUUGAUCAGGUUCUUGAAGAAAAACGCUACAAGGGAAGGCUCUCCUCAGGAUACCCUUCUGAAGACAUUCUAGAAACCAGAUAUGGCGCUCGUAUUUCUCCACCACCUCGUCGACAUUAUGAGAGCCCAUCAGAGUAUCAACACACUGAUUCAGGAUAUCCCUCUACAUCGCCACCAUCAAAAACAAACCAAUACAAUGGAUUUACUAAAGGUGUAUCCUCUAUUAAUGGAACUUUAAGAGAGGACCAUAGCUUUAACCGAUCAAGUGACAGAGAGAUUGAGCUAAGAACAAAGAUGGUUGAAGCAAAAUAUCAUGAAGAUAAACUCAAACUUCAACAGCAACAUGAUGUUGCAGUUCAAAAGAUUUUAGACAGAAAGAACAUGGAGUUAGAGGAAGUGAAAUCACACUAUCGCAACAAGAUCACUGAAAUGGAAGCAGCUGCUAAAAAACAGGAAAGGAAAGUUUCUCAGCUUGUUAGAGAAGCUCAAGCAAUGAAGGAGCAAAGAGACACGCAAAUAGCAGAACUAAAAACUCUAGCUGAGCAGAGUGGUGAAACAGCGCAGCAUGACUUUGAAAAGAAGUUAAAUGACAAGAUAGCUGAGUUCGAGCAAGAAAAAUUUGAGAUGCAGAAACAACACACACAGAACAUUCAAGAACUGCUGGAUGAAACAAACCAGAGACUGCAAAAAAUGGAAACUGAAUACAAUCAGCAAAAUGCUACUACUAGAUUGGUCAUUCAGGAAUUGGAAACAAGGGUACAACAGCUUACUAAGGAAUCAGAAGGACUGCAGAAUUCUAGAUCAAAGCUUGCAAAGGAAAAAGAGGAACUUGAACAACAGGCAGCAUCCUUAUCUAGCGAAUUACAAGAAACCAAGACAACCCUGUCCAAAAUGGAACGAGAUCAUUCACAAGCAAUUAAUGAACACAAGACAAUGGUGAAGCAAUUAAACAAGAAGACAGAUACUAGCAUAGAAGGCAUGAAACAACAACAUUCGGCAGCAAUUGCUAAGGCCACAGACACUAUAGCUGAACUGGAGUCACAGAUUAACCAACUGAAACAAGCCCUACAAGACACUGAAUUUCAACGACAGAGACAAAUCAGGGAGUUAGAAUCUACCCACAAACAAGAAAAGUUGAACUUAGAGCAUUUACACGAGAAAAAGAUUCGAGGAAUUCAAGCAGAGCUUGACCAAGGAGAAGCAGAGUCUGACAAGCGCAUAAGAAAGUUGGAGACAUCGCUGAAGGAACGAGAAGAUCAAAUCCAAAAGCUGUCUGAAGUUCAAAAGCAGCAGGCUCAACAGGCUGAGCAUGCGCUGGAGGAUUUUAAAAGUCAAGUGGAGAGGAACUCGGGACGAAUGUUUGAUGAAAUGAAAGCCCAGAUGGAGAAAGUUGAGGAAGACCUGGCCCGUUCAAAGAAUCUUCGUGAAAAGCAAGCCAAGGAGUUUAGUCGACAGUUGGAAGAUCUUAAAAUCAAACACGAGAAAGAGAUUGCAGAGCUAAAUAUUCGACACGAGCAGGAGAAAGCACAGACCCUCAGGGCUCAUCAGAUAGAAAGAGACUCGUCACUGAAAGAACACGAGCAAGAAAAGGAAAUGCAGUUGGAGAAACUCCGUCAGAAAAUGCUAGAGCACGAAACCCAGACGCGAAACAGAUCAAACAAAGACGCUAAGACUAUGGCUGAGUUGGAGCAGCAAGUACGAGAGUUACGAGAGGAGCUAAUUCAGGCGAAUUCAACGCACAAAACACAGCUGAUGGAGCUAAGCCUGUUGAGAGAAGAAGAGAAACAAACCUACAAGAGACAGGAAGAAAACUUGCAAAUAAAAUUCAAGAGUCAGCUUGAACAACAGAGACUCCAGUUACAACGCGAACACAGCAGCGAAAUGGAACAAAUUUUAGAAAAGACAAAUAACAGGAUGAAACAAAUGGAAGAAGAGUAUGGAACGCGAUCCUCAAAGGGACAACAGGUUGUAGAAACACUGGAAGAAGAAAUCAAGAAAUUAAAAGAGGACAACAGCCGUACAAGAACAAACUUGGAAAAGAAGCUUGCGCAAACAACGACAAAAUACGAAGAAGAGAAAGCUUCGGUGAAAAAGCAUCACUCUACAAUCGCCAAGUCUCUACAACAAGAUGUGGAAACACAGAAAACGAUGGUGAGGCAUCUAGAGAAACGGGUUCAGCAAGUGGAACUUGAUGCACAAGAAAAAGUUUCCAGAUUGCGACUUCAGUACGAAGAAAAAAUGAAAGGUCUAAUGCCGGCUUCUCUCAGAGAGGAGCUUGAAGAUACCAUUGAGUCGCUCAGACAACAGGUCUCAGUGCUUCAGUCCCGUGCACGCGUGCUCCAGGAGGAACUGGAUACUAGAAACCAGUUCUCUUCGUCUUUCAACGUGUCUCCCGUUCGCGAACAAGAUGAAUUAUAAUCUUCAUGGAAACUGAAGUGCAAUUCGUUAGAUCUCCAGCAAAAUAUGCAAAGAUACCCUUCUGAGAACUUGUUUGCCCUUUCCGCACGCUUUCAAUAAAAACACGUUUCAAACGUUCUUGUCCCCGAAACAAAAAUGGCGUUGUGCAACAUAAAUAGCAUUGAAUCAAUUUUUUGAUAAAUUAAUUCACUCUUAUUUUAUAAACACUGUUGUAAAUACCAUCCUAGCGAUCUCAUAAAGUGAAGUUUUAAGGUGUCAGACACCAAAACCCACUAUCCCUGAAACCAUGAAUUUGUCCAUCUAUUAGCACUGUAAAUUGUUUCAACUGUUUUUGACCACCCAUACAAUAGAUAUAGUUUUAACUCUGUUCAAUAUUAAAUAUAAAGUAAAUUUCAACGACUUGAAAAUGCGGGAGUUUUGUCCAUAUUUAGUCGAAUAGUGUAAAAGACGCUUUUUGACAAAAUGUCUCCGACGCCCUAAACAAUUUUUGCUUUCUUGUUGUCCAAGGAGAAAUGUUAAAGUGAGAAGCGGUAUGUGUUUGUACUUUGUAGACUUUUCAAACCGUCGACAGAUCGUACUUAUCGUGGUGAAUUAAAUGCCUGCGGCUUUUGUCGUUGUAAACGGUUGGUUGCAA